CGAGCUGGUUAUUCGGGUGUCUGUGCUUGAGCAGUCUCAGCUGGCUGAGUCUUGAGUAGCUCCUGUCAUCUCAUUUAUUCAAAGAAUAAACGGAUAACUUUCAGAAUGUCAGGUCUGGAGGAAAUCUCACCUCCUGCUAUGGACACCCAAGAAGAUGGGUUAAACGCAGGGAGUAUGGACGCAGGGUCAGAUUCAGAAUAUGGUGAUCCCAUGGGAUAUGUGUUUUACAGGGAUCGGAAGGAAUGGGCGGACAUACAGCCAGUUCCCCAAGAUGAUGGACCCAAUCCUGUUGUCAAAAUCGCUUAUUCCGACAGAUUCACAGAUGUCUACGACUAUUUUCGUGCCCUCCUUAAAAAUAAUGAAAAGAGCGAAAGGGCUUUUGCACUGACAUCCGAUGCCAUUGAUCUCAAUGCUGCCAACUACACAGUAUGGCACUACCGGAGAGUUUUAAUAGAUGCUCUGAAGAAGGACCUUCGAGAGGAGAUGAACUAUAUCACUAAUAUUAUUGAGGACCAACCUAAGAACUAUCAAGUAUGGCAUCACCGACGCAUGAUCGUGGAGUGGCUUAAAGACCCCUCGGAGGAGCUGGACUUCAUAGCGGAGAUCCUGAGCCAAGACAACAAGAACUACCACGCCUGGCAGCACAGGCAAUGGGUCAUCCAGGAGUAUAAGUUGUGGGAUGGGGAGCUGGAGUAUGUGGAUCAGCUGUUGGAGGAGGAUGUGAGGAACAACUCAGCCUGGAACCAGCGGCACUUUGUCAUCUCCCGCACUACAGGCUAUACAGAGCCGGCAGUCCUCGACAGAGAAGUACAGUACACACUCAUACAGAUUAAGAAAGCUCCCCAUAAUGAAAGUGCUUGGAACUAUCUUAAAGGCAUCCUACAGGACCGGGGCCUGGGCUCGUACCCGGGGCUGCUGGAUCAGGUGCAGGGCCUGAAGGAGACCCACUGCUCCCCGCACCUCAUCGGCUUCCUGGUGGACAUGUACGAGGACAUCCUGGAGAACGCCAACACCGAGGAGGGGCAGGAGCAAACCCUGGCCAAGGCCUUAGAGCUGUGUGAUCUGCUGGCCCAGGAGAUAGACACCAUCAGGAAGGAGUACUGGAGAUACGUGUCCCGCUCGCUCCAGGUCAAGUACGGCUCUGGAGAGGCCGAGACGACCCCCAACGAUGCCUGACGACUCCGCCCAGCAGCGCUCCAGCACUCCACUGAGGAACGGAGCGAUCUGAUUGGACAGGACAAGACCAAAAACAAACGAAAUAGUAAGACGAGAAGUCCCUGGAAGAGAGAACCACAUACGACGCAAAGAAGAGACACUGAACGAGGGGACAAAACAACCUGACCAAGCACAGCUCAUGCUCCGCUGAAGGGACAAGUCGAAAACCUUGUUUAAACUCCUUAACCGUGGUAUAGAAGAAGAUAAAAUAACACAAAUGAGUUGUGAGAGGUCUAGUUUGCCUUUAUUUUAGAUGUGAAUUGCAGUAGAGAGAAUAAAGUGAAGAGAGUUUACUGUACUGACAGUAUGAAAGAUGGGCCUUUGAUAGAACACAUCCACUUCUAUUCUCUGUGAGUUUGGUUCUCUGUCAGCUACUGUACUGUUUAGUGUUGCGCUUCAGCAAACCGGACUGAACUUCUGUCUACUACAUUUAACAGCACCGAGAGGCUUUUCUUUUGCCAAAACACUGCACUCCACUGUAUUAAUCAAGUCAUGAUUGUGCUUCAUGAUUACAAUCCUUUUUGUAUGCUUAGAGAAUUAAUAAUAAUGAUCAUCUUUAUUUAAAACAAAUGUCUUCUGACGUCUUUUUGUAUGAACGUGUCCCGCUCUCUCCAGUGGGGGGUUGUGGGUUUUGCCGUCAGAAUGACAUCGACUAUAUUGAUUAAGGUGGACAGAAAUGGGUGUUUGUCUGUUGCAGAAUUGUCUUGUUACCUAGUUACCGUUUGAAGAAGACUUUCCUUGUCUGCGUGUGCAGAUGCAGUACCUGCGUUGAGUGUGGGCGGUAUACCUUUAGUGCGCCUUCGAAUAUGCCCUCAUUGG